AAAAAAUAUAACUCAGGUUUCCGGAAGGCUGUGGUAGCAUGUCCGGCAAGGUGGUCAAGGUUGAGCGUGCCCUGAAUGGCCUAAAGCACAGUGGCCGUGAGCGGGGGUUUGAUGCUGCCUAUGCCCUCAUCGAGAAUGGAUACGAGCAGUGCAGUGUUGACCCAUGUGUCUUCCGGAAGGUGGUGGAUGGAGAGGUCGUAGGUCUCAUCGUGCCCUACGUUGAUGACAUCUUAGUGGCGGCAGACGAGGGAGAGCGAGAGGAGUUGUUCGCUUCCCUCAACAAGAAGUUUCCGGUGAAAGAUCUGGGGGAGUGUACCUGGUACGACGGGUGUGCUAUCGCCAUGGAUGUAGAAAAUGGCAUCACCAAGCUGUCCCAGACAGCAUACAUUGAGAGUAUGCUGAAGCGGUUUGAUGUGACCACGACCGCUUUCACCCCUGCUGCCACCGAUGCCGACCUAGGGCCGAAGAGAGAUGACGAGCCCGCGGUGGAUAAGCCUGUGAGGGAGGCGAUCGGAUGCCUGAUGUGGACGAAGCUGACGAGGCCAGACAUCGCCCUUCCUCUGAACAAGCUCCAGAAGAUCGACCACUCACCCAGCGGGAGGAUAUGGAACGCGCUUGUGCGGAUCAUGUCCUACCUGAACUUCACGAAGGACUUCGGCAUCACCUACGUACGGGGGUCAGGACUAGACCUAAGCAUGUUUGUUGAUGCCAGCUACGCUGACAACGAAGUAGACAGGCUUUCUACGACCGGGCUGGCUGGCGUGAAGGAGGCAUUUUUUUUGCGUGGCGUUCUGUCGUUCUUAGCGUCCGAGACGAGUGGGGCGAAGAUCAAGGUCCUUGAGGACAACAAGGGGGCUCUCUACUUAAUCGAGAACCCGUUCAGCUCAGCGAGGAGCAAGCACAUCGACGUGCGGUUCCAUUUCAUUCGCGAGCUAUUCAAGUCGGGCAAGAUCACUGCAGAGUAUGUUCUGACUGGAGAGCAGCACGCCGACAUGCUGACCAAGUUUCUUGGCAGAGAGGAGUUAGAGUACCACCGGAAGGCUCUGAUGAACCUACCGAUGUAG